GUGGCGGAGCCCCCAUUCUUAAAUUAGGGCGGCGCGUUCCUGCUGCAAGAGAAGUGAACGCGCUUGAGGGAGCUGCGGUCCCAUUGACGGCCCCCGUCUCCCUGACAGCAGCAUCAGCACCCAGCGUCCGCCUUGCCUGGGAGCGACGCAGACAGGCAAGCCGCCAUUCAAGACCACCACCCCCCACCCCUCCUCCCCCUCCCCCCCACCUCUCUGAACCCGGAUCGUAUCCCCCCGCGUGUGCCGUCGUCCACACCGACCGCCGGAGAAAUGGGCUCCCCGUGAAACCGAGGUGGUGGAGGGGAGAGGCGGGCAGGCGGGAGCUAGGGGGUGGGGGGGUGGAAGACACCGGUGCAGCAUUCGGGAAGAAGCGAGGCUGCUAACGGCAGCACGGAACCGCCACACUACCGCCGUCCCUAACAGCGACUACACUACCGCCGCUGCCGCCAUGGGAACUCCGCAUCAGUCGCUCCAACCGCCGCUUCAUCCGUGGGCCAUGUCGUGAUCCGUGGGCUUUGCUAUCCGUGAUUCCCAAUCGAGGGGAAGGAGGAGGGAGGAGGCGAGAUGUUCUCCUCGGUAGGCCCUCGGGGUCCACCCGUCGCCCAGGCUAUCCCGGAGCCGGACCUGAGCCACUUGACGGACGAGGAGAGGAAGAUCAUCAUGGCUGUGCUGGCUCGGCAACGGGAGGAAGAGGCGAAGGAGGAGGCCAUGCUAAAAGAAGAGAAGCCUAUCCAAGCGAGAACAGUAAACUUGGUUGGGCAGAAAAAACCUCAGCAGCAAAAUGAUGUCCGGGGCAUCCAGCAGCAGCUUUCCAGCUACAGAGAGACAGUGAUACGGCAGGCCACGACUGCAGCCGGUUCAGCAGUUCACCGGGAUGAUGCUCCAACCUGCGGCAUCUGCCAGAAGACCAAGUUUGCAGACGGUUGUGGGAACUUGUGUUCGUACUGUCAGACCAAGUUUUGUGCCCGCUGUGGGGGGAGAGUCUCCCUACGAUCCAACACGGAGGACAAAGUGCAGAGCAACGACCAUGGUGUAGCUGGCCGUAUAACACCUUGCGAGGCAGGCGGUCUGAGGGCAUCCUUACUACGUGGCCCAGCCAUCGUAGUUGGUGCAGGGUGA